AUGAAGUUAACCAGACCGUGCGGGGCUCCCCUCCUGGCGCCCGGAGACCCUGGGUGCGCGUCCUCCCUCCAGGCAGGCGUUGGAGGCGCUAGGCUGGGGACGGGGAGGGGGUCAGUGUCUCGUGCUCCGCGAACCAGACCGCGCAGGGAUUCCCCAGACGCACGCGGUGACUACCGGGCCCCCACUCGUGGCUCGGGCACGUCCCCAGCCCCAGGAGGUGGAAGGAAACUUUGGCCCUGCGCGGGCAGAGCGCGGCCUCCGCGCCCCCUCUCGGCUCGCGGUCCGUUCCCCCUCCUUCCCCCUCCGAUCCUCGCCCCUCCCCCUCCUCCUCGCCGGCUGGAGGCGGGCAGGUCCGGGCGGGGCCGCGCCGCUGAGCCCACAGCCCCGCGCUCCCGGCGCGGUAGCCGCCGCCGCGCCCCGCGGGAGAAGCUGCCGAAGCAGGCCCGGCGGACGGAGCUGCCCGCGCGGCGCGGGGGGCAUGAAGUUGGGCUCGCGCGGAGCUCGGAGCAGGGGCGCGGCGGGGCCGGGAGCCGCCCGCAUCUAGAGCCCGCUCGGUGCGCCAUGGAGCUCGGCGGCCCGGGGGCACCGCCGCCGCCGCUGCUGCCGCCGCUGCUGCUGCUGCUGGGGGCCGGCCUCUUGCCUGUGAGCAGCCAUGUGGAGACCCGGGCCCACGCGGAGGAACGGCUGCUGAAGAAACUCUUCUCUGGCUACAACAAGUGGUCCCGGCCCGUGGCCAACAUCUCGGAUGUAGUUCUUGUCCACUUUGGCCUGUCUAUCGCCCAGCUCAUUGAUGUGGAUGAGAAGAACCAGAUGAUGACGACGAAUGUGUGGGUGAAGCAGGAGUGGCAUGACUACAAGCUGCGCUGGGACCCCGCUGACUACGAGAACGUGACCUCCAUCCGCAUCCCCUCUGAGCUCAUCUGGCGGCCGGACAUCGUCCUGUACAACAACGCGGACGGGGACUUUGCCAUCACCCACCUGACCAAGGCCCACCUCUUUCACGACGGGCGGGUGCAGUGGACACCCCCAGCCAUCUACAAGAGCUCCUGCAGCAUCGACGUCACCUUCUUCCCAUUCGACCAGCAGAACUGCACCAUGAAGUUCGGCUCCUGGACCUACGACAAGGCCAAGAUCGACCUGGUGAGCAUGCACAGCCGCGUGGACCAGCUGGACUUCUGGGAGAGCGGCGAGUGGGUCAUCGUGGACGCCGUGGGCACCUACAACACGCGCAAGUACGAGUGCUGCGCGGAGGUGUACCCGGACAUCACGUACGCCUUCGUCAUCCGGCGCCUGCCACUGUUCUACACCAUCAACCUGCUCAUCCCCUGCCUGCUCAUCUCCUGCCUCACGGUGCUCGUCUUCUACCUGCCGUCCGAGUGCGGCGAGAAGGUCACGCUGUGCAUCUCCGUGCUGCUCUCGCUCACCGUCUUCCUGCUGCUCAUCACCGAGAUCAUCCCGUCCACCUCGCUGGUCAUCCCGCUCGUUGGCGAGUACCUGCUGUUCACCAUGAUCUUCGUCACCCUGUCCAUCGUCAUCACCGUCUUCGUCCUGAACGUGCACCACCGCUCCCCGCGCACGCACACCAUGCCCGCCUGGGUCCGCCGUGUCUUCCUGGACGUCGUGCCGCGCCUGCUCUUCAUGAAGCGGCCGUCCAUGGUCAAGGGCAACUGCCGGCGGCUCAUCGAGUCCAUGCACAAGGCGGCCGGAGGCCCACACUUCUGGCCGGAGCCCCGGGGGGAGCCCGAGCUCGGGAGUCGGGGCCCCGCCCCGUCCCCGACCCCAUUGCGCGGCCCGGACCAGCCGGCCUGCAUGUCGCCUUCGGACCAGGCCUCUGCUCUGCAGUCCUCAGAGGCCGAGAAGGCUGGCGCCUGCCCCUCGCCCGGGCCCUGCCGCCCACCCGCCGGGCCCCGGGCCCCAGGGCUCGCCAAGGCCCGGUCCCUGAGCGUCCAGUACGUGUCCGGCCCCAGCGAAGUGGCUGAGGGCAGCGUGAGGUGCCGGUCCCAGAGCAUCCAGUACCGCGCACCCCGAGAAGACGCCGCCUCCCCAGCCGACUGCCCGGCGGACGGCUCCCCUGCCUCGCUGACCACGGCCCCCUCGGCCGGGCUUCAGCCCCCAGACCAGGCCUCCCCCCGCAAAUGCAAGUGCAGGAAGGAGGCGGAGGCACCGAAUGCCGUGCCCAAGGCCCCCGGCACCGCAGCGCCACCCCUGCCCCUGUCGCCAGCUCUGGCGCGGGCGGUUGAGGGAGUCCAGUCCAUUGCAGACCACCUGAAGGCGGAAGACACGGACUUCUCGGUGAAGGAGGACUGGAAGUACGUGGCCAUGGUCAUCGACCGCAUCUUCCUCUGGGUGUUCAUUCUCGUCUGCCUGCUGGGAACGGUGGGCCUCUUCCUGCCGCCCUGGCUGGCCGGCAUGAUCUAG